AUGGCGCCCUCCCUCAACGCCCACUCGUCCUUCACCCGGCCGCGCACCGGCGACCGCGACGCCCGUCCCAGCACCCGCGACCAGGGCGACAACAACCUCAUCAUCCCCAGCCGCACCUCCUCGCUGCACUCCCGCAUCACCCAGCCCAUUCCGUCUACGCUCUCCGCCAAGCCCCAGCAGCGCACGCCCAAGACCCUCACCCAUGCCUACAUGGUCUGCGGCGUCGGCCGUGAGCCCUCGCAAUGGGUCAAGGCUCCGGCCCCCGCUCAGGGCAAGAUUGGCCACAUGAAGGGUGCCGUCGGCCAGUUCUGGCUGCCCGAGAUUCUCGGCAGCAGCCCGCGUCUGGAGCAGGACAAUGAGAUUGCCCGUUCGCUGCACGCCGCCAUGCGGGCCUGCUUCCCUCAUGAUGUCGAGAUUUGCACCGGCCGCAGCCAGCCGCACUGCGUCCACCAUGCGUUUGUCCUGCAGCAGGACUCCUCGCACACGCUCUACGGCAUUUGCCUGCGCGUCUGGUCCCGCGCCGACGAGAAGCGUGCCGAGACCAUCCGCGACCUGCGCAAGCGCACCGAGCCCGACUUUUACGACAAUGUUGACGAGACCUACUGGAUCCCCUACUGCCUGUCGUUCCUCUCCCGCUACCCGCUCUACAACCUGCUGGGCGACUACCUCCGCGGCAUGUGGAUCCACUGGAACAAGGCCACCAACCUGUUCCACGCCGAGGAGGUCUCCCGCAUCCUGAGCUUCCCGGCACCCCGCCUCAACGACCUCGUCCGCAUCGACAUGAAGGACUACGCCCUGUGCUACCAGUUCCCCUCCUCGCCCACCGGCUUCCAGAACUUCUCCAUGUGGCCCCUGUUCUGCUGCCUGUCCAUCCCCAACAUUGUCGGUGUCAUCGAGGCCGCCGUCUCCCCCACCCGCCGCAUCAUCUUUGUCUCCCACUACCCGGCCAUGCUCACCAUGGCCGCCGAGACCGUUCGCUACUGCGUCCGCGUCUACGAGUGGAGCGGCCUGUACGUGCCUGUCGUGCACGCCCGCCACGCCAAGGAGCUGGUCCAGGAGCCGGGCCCGUACAUCCUGGGCAUCACCGCCGAGUGCCGCACGCUUUUCACGGCGCCCACCGAUGCCCUGGUCGUCGACCUCGACCGCAACUUUGUGCUGACCUCGAGCCCGCCCACCGCGCUCACCCCUGGCCAGCGCAACAAGUUUGUGCAGCGCCUGACGCAGUCGCUCAGCGGCGACGUCACGCCCUCGGGCGUGCCCCAGCACCUGCGCUCUGCCUACGGCGGCGGCAAGCUGGUCCCGGCCGGCCAGAUCAUUGUCAUGCGCGGCGAGGUCGAGUCCAUCCAGGACCCCGAGUGGUGGGCGCAGGACUCGGUCAUGGCCGUCAUGGACCACGUCUGCGAGAAGAUGGGCCGCAACUCGGGCAUCAAGGCCGUCUUCGGCGGCUCCGUCAAGAAGCCACUCAUGACCAAGGUCUCGAUGCGCCACCUCAACGAGAUUGUCCGCGAGCGCAACCAGUACUCGCGCGAUGCCCUCGAGGCCUGGCAGGACUUUAUCAACCUCAAGGGCCGCAUGGACACGGAGCUCGCCAAAGUCACCAAGCGCAACAACUACCUGGUCGAGGAGCUCGAGAGCUGGAAGCAGCAGUUCCUCAAGUUCCAGGCCUUUGCGGAGCAGCUCACCAAGGAGACCCAGGACCUCAAGAUGAAGAUUGAGAACCACAAGCGCGAGAACCGCCGCCUCAACGGUCUCAUUGACCAGCAAAAGGACGACAACGCCCGCCUGUCGGUCCGCCUCACCGGCACCGAGAAGCAGCGCGACGACGCCCUCGAGGCCCUGGUGCUGCAGCAGGAGAUUGCCGAGGAGCUCGAGCGCGAGCGCAAGCGCAACAUCAAGGACCUGUCGGCCCUGCAGCACACCAACGUCACCCUGGCCCGCCAGCGCGACGAGGCCCGCCGCGUCGUGCUGCACCUGCGCAGCCUCAUUGGCGGCCAGAGCCACCACAUGGAGCACCUCAUCGAGUCGCUCACCAAGCCCGACGAGAUCAUCGACGAGCUCGAGAGCGGCUUUGCCGAGGAGGACGAGGAGGCCGCCGCCGCCAUGGCGCUGGAGGGCAGCACGCCCGAGGAGAUUGAGGCCGCCCAGCGGCUCAAGGCGCAGGCCCGCGCCAGCAAGCGCUACUCGUCCUCGAGCUUCAAGGACGUGGCCGACCGCCACCUCAAGGACAAGACGGAUGCCAUUGCCCACAUCAUCCGCAACAUUGCGGAGCAGUGCCAGGCGGCCGUCGAGGGCCUGCAGCUGGCCCAGGACGCCGUGGAGUCGUCGUCCGACAGCGAGGCGCGCCAGCGCCGCACUGCCUCGGCCCAGCGCCUGCGCCGCACCAGCAACCUGUCCACGGCGACGACCCACAGCGACGACGGCCACUCGGCCUCGGCGUCGGACGUGGGCGACGACAGCCUCCUGCACCCGGCGUCGGGCCGCUCGUCUAGCAUCCCGCCCACGCCGGACCUGAUCCCCAACCGGGCCAGCACGUCCAUGUCGAUUGCCUCGACGGCCACCACGCCGGAGCGCUCGUCGCAGCAGUACGUCGUGGGCCACGACAUCCCCACCAAGAUUGUCGAGGACGAGGAGGACGAGUAUGCCGAGCGCAGCGACGUCGAGACCAUGCCCGACGCGGGCAUUGUCGGCAAGCACGCCGAGAGCCUGAUCCACCGCCCCUCGGGUGCGCGCAUCAGCGCCCUCGGCGGCACGAGAUGA